AUGGCUACAAAUGACUCGUAUGGUGGAUAUGAACAAGAGAGAUUUGCCGAUAAAGUUCAUCCAAGAUUUGCAUGUCCCACAUGUUUCAAAAUAUUUAAAGAUCCUGUUCAAUGUCCAAACAAACAUUAUUUCUGUCGCACUUGUAUCGAAAGAUACUUGUUAACUUCUGAUAAAUGUCCUGAAUGUCGAUGUCAUCUCACUAAGGAGACAUUAAAGACCGCGAGGUUCUUUAGGGAAAUGUUAGAAGAUCUUCAUAUUUGCUGUGUGAAUGCCAACCGUGGUUGUCUUCAAAGACUAAAGCUUCAAUUUCUUCAACGUCAUGAGAAGAACUAUGGUUAUUCACCUACACCUUGUAGAAAUGAAGGUUGUGACAAAAUCCUUAAUAAAAACGAGAUUGAAGAACAUGAAAGGGAACGAUGUGAGUUCCGUCUCAUCGAUUGUGAAGAAUGCAAAAAGAUUCUCGUAUUUAAGCAUAGGCGUUCUCAUUCAUGUUUCUUGAGGAAGGAGAUUGACGAGUUGACCAAAAGAUUAGAGAUGUUUCAAAAGAGUCAAGAUGACAGGGUUAAGCAUGUAGAAGAGCAAGUGAGGUUAAGUCGUAAUGAAAUGACGUUUCUUACAACAGAAACGAGACAAAGAUGUAAUUUUCUUACGGGAAAACUAAAGAUAUUUGUUUUUGGAGGUUGUGAUGACGAAGAUGCUCUAAAUUCUGUCGAGUCUUUUAACUGGGAUGUAAAUUGCUGGCAACAGGAACCAGAAAUGAAAGGAGAACGAUUUGCAGCAGCUGCAUUUGCUCAUGGUCGAGAAUUAUUUGUUAGUGGUGGUUUGAAUGACGAGAAAUGCAUCGCAAAUAUGGAAAGUUUAAAUGUGGAUGGAAAAUCAGAAUGGAAAAUAUCUCAUGUCAUGUUACCAAGAAAUUGUGCUGGACAUAGUAUGGUUUAUCAUAAUGAUAAUGUGAUUAUGAUUGGUGGAUGUAAUGAAAACGAAGCAUUUGAUACAAUCUACAGUAUUCAAUUAAAUCCUCCACAUACGACAAAAUUAUUGGCGCGAAUACCAGAGCUAAGAGUUUACCAUGGCUCAAUUGUCAUUGACGACGAUGUUUUGGUAUUUGGUGGGGCAACAUCUAACGAUUUCGAAGUUAUCAAAAACACUGUUUAUUCAUACAGUCUCAGUAAAAAGGAAUGUAAAACCUUGACUCCACUUCCAUAUCCUGUAAGUGAAAUGGGUAUAGUCAGUUAUAAAGGAAAUGCAAUUUUGAUUGGAGGUUUAAAUGAUAAAGAUGAAAGUCUAGAUAAAGUUUUGAUGUAUGAUGUGAAAACAGGACAAACUAAAACGCUUCCUUCACUUAAUCAUAAAAGAUCUGGAUGUUCAGCAGUUAUCAUUGGAAAUAUUAUUGUUGUGGUUGGUGGGUGUGAUGGUGAACCAGAUCUUGAUUCAGUUGAAUGUCUUGAUAUGAGUACAAACGUCUGGAGAGAACUACCUCCUAUGUUGACCAAACGAAGUUAUCCUGCUACAGUUGUUUCUCCAAUUUAUUAA